UUUGAAGUUCACUGUGUUGUUCAUGGAUGAGUAAACAUAUAUAUGUCAAAUGAACAACUGAUCAUAACGUAAUGCUUAACUUAGAAAACUUUUACACAAUUCGGCGAAAAUUUACUUGUUAUUUAAUGAAAGAAAUAUGCAAUAAUUAUUAAUAAGAUUGUAAAUAUAAAUAUUUUCGUUUAAGGAAACAUUUUUAAUAUUAAAAAUGUCGUGUUAUUUUCGACAAAACGGUGAUACUGAAGUAACAAUACCAAAAUAUAAUGAGUCUUCAACUGGUGUAACCUAUUAUGAUAUUAAAGUUCGAGUGCGCCAAGUAGAGUGGAUGGUGGAACGACGGUAUAAGGAUUUCGACCAACUAAAUGAGAAACUGGUUAAUGAUAUAUCAAUAUCAAAGAAAUUAUUGCCGCCUAAAAAGAUUGUAGGUAAUAAAAAUCCGGCGUUUUUGGAACAACGUCGAGAGCAGUUGGAAAAAUAUUUGCAUGAACUACUGGUUUUCUUUCGAAUACAAUUACCAAGAGUAUUGGCUGAGUUUCUGGAUUUUAACAAAUACGAUAUAAUUUAUUUGCUACAGGACUUGGCAAAAUUAUUUCAUGAAAACGGCGAAAGUUUAUUAAGUUCUAAAAAGGAAUUUCAUCUAUCGGCCUUAGAGGCUUAUGCGAUAAGUGAGCGUUUAAGUUUGCCAUGUCCACCAGAAAACAUCGAGCAGCGAGGAAUUUUUGAUUUUUCACACGUUUUGGAUUUUUGUACACAACUCGAAAUUUUAGUAAUAACGCCCGUUAAAGAUAAUACCUCAUUUGAAAAUGACUAUAACACCGUUGACGUGCCUAUAGGACGCAGUAAUAUCAUACCAAAAACGUUAUCUUUCAAUUUAAAUGCAUUCCGUAAUUUAAAAACAUUGAAGUUUUAUGGCAUAUCAACUGAAAAUAUAAUUGAUAUAGCGCUCUUGAAGCCUACACUAGCCAGCAUUUGUGUGCACAAUACCACAAUAACACAUUUGAAUCAAGUGUUACUCUGUGAUAAUUUGCAUAAGGAAUUGGCAGCUGCGAGUAGCAGUAACAGCAACAGCAACGGAGCGAUAUCAACAUCUGUUGUUACCGAUAAACGCAGCGUUUGGUCAAACGUAACGAAAAUAGAUUUAACAUGUAAUUUACUCACACAAAUCGAUUCCAGCGUGCGGACCACACCAAAUUUACAGGAAUUGCGACUUGAACAAAAUCGCAUAAGUGCAAUACAGAAUUUGGCAGAAAUGUCACAUUUGCAGGUGCUAUCAUUGUCCGCUAAUCUUAUAAUGGAGUGCAUUGAUUGGCACAUGGAAUUGGGAAAUUUGGUCACACUUAAUCUGGCUCAAAACAGAUUGAAAAAACUAACUGGUUUGCGUAAACUCUUAUCGUUAGUGAAUUUAGAUGUUAGCUGUAAUCAAAUUGAAGAUUUGGAAGAAGUUGAUAAUAUAGCCUGUUUACCAAUAUUGGAAAAUCUACGCUUAACUGGGAAUCCACUUGCGGGGAGUGUAGAUUAUAGACCGCGUGUUUUAGCACGAUUCCAUGAGCGAGCUGUCGAAAUUUCACUUGACAGUGAACCAGGCACGCAAAACGAGUUAGAUACUGCCUUAGUAUUAUCUGCCUUAUUAAAAUCAAAAAUGCGACAAAACAAUCGUACACCGAAAUAACAUUUCGCGCUGUGUGGUUCUGAUUCCGAGUUAGCUGGUCGCCAAAUUUUAGUUAACAUAAAAAGGAUUUUAAGCUAAAACGUGCGUAUAUAAUAUUUUUAAUUGUUCAUAUUU